CAUAUAUAUAGGUACAUAUACUCAUAUAUAAAUAUAUACAUGUAUGCAACAGCUGUUGUGUUUUUAGAUUAAAAAAUUGACAAGUUAUCAAUUGGAAAAUAUUUAUCAAGAUUUUGAAAUUUGUAAUAAAAAAUGGCAGAGAUUGAUGAUAAAGAACUGCACCCAAAAAGUAUUAAACUUCCAGCAGCUGUCGAAGUAUUUGCGAAUUUAAAAAACGCUCAAAAUUUCGCCAUCGAUAUCGGAUUGUCAUUGACAAAAAUUGCGUAUUAUUCGACAAUAAGUUAUCGGAAAGCGUUGUAUGAUAACGAGGAAUUAAAUAAUGACAGCAGUGAACUGAUAACCUACAAGCUGCAAAAAGGCUCACGGCUUCAUUUCGUUAAAUUCGAAACUCGUCAUAUUGAAAAUUGUCUGGAUUUUGUGAAAGAAAAUCUUGUUAAUGCAGAACGUUUUCAAGGAAAAAGUAUUAAAGUUACUGGAGGCGGUGCUUUUAAAUAUUCAAAGUCUAUUCAAUCAAAAUUAGGUUUGCUAGUUGACAAAGAAGAUGAAAUUUCAUGUCUGAUAAAAGGCUGUAAUUUUUUAUUAAAAAAUAUUCCCUGCGAGUCAUUUGAAUUUGAACGUCACGGUAACCCCGAGUAUAAAUUUGAAAAAGCUGGACCCAAUAUAUUCCCAUAUUUACUAGUCAAUAUUGGAAGCGGUGUCAGUAUUUUAAAAGUGCAAUCCGAAGAAGAGUUUGAGCGAGUGGGUGGUACUGCUACUGGUGGCGGAACAUACUGGGGUCUUGGUUCAUUACUAACUAAAGCUAAAGGGUUCGAUGAACUGCUGGAACUAGCGGAGAGGGGAGAUCACAGAAACGUGGACAUGCUCGUCAAAGAUAUUUAUGGCGGAGAUUAUUCGUCACAGGGGCUGUCAGGAGACUUGAUCGCCUCGUCUUUUGGGAAGACCAUGUCCUGCAAUACGAUACCGGGGCCGCAUAAUUUUUCCGAGGCUGACAUUGCCAGGAGUUUGUUGUUUAUGAUCAGCAACGACAUUGGGCAGAUCGCCAGUCUCUAUGCUUCCAUUCAUAAUAUGGAUAAAGUUUAUUUCGGUGGUUAUUUUUUGAGAAAUCAUCCACUUUCAAUGCAUUCUAUUUCAUUUGCUAUUAAAUAUUGGUCUCAUGGUAAAGUAAAACCGUUAUUUCUACGUCACGAAGGAUAUCUCGGUGCCAUAGGAGCGUUUUUAUACGGCACUGAACAAGCCAACUCCUACAGUUGGCUAGAAAAUUACGCCGGGUCAUCAGGAUUCAAAGACUCAGUAGCGACGGACUUGGGAAUAAAAGUCGACCAACUGGAAAUAGAUCGAGCCGAGAACGCUGUGAGUUUCUGCCCAUUGCUGACUGACCCUGUCUCUUACAACCCCGACACCACGGACCUGGCCCAGGACAAAGAAGCUCGGGACUACUGGCUCCAGUGUUUCGAGGAGUCAGUCGACAAAUUUGUAGCUCGUGCCAUUCACAGUCAGCCUCAGAGCCCCACUGCCAAAGACCGCGCCAGCAAACUCAAAGAAAAAUACGUAAAUCGUCUUCAUUACUUGCAUCUACAACCAUUUGCAUACGGAACUUUGACUGUCAGAACUCUACUGGACACCAUCGAGCACUGCAUGAAAGAAUUUGAUUUUCCGGACCCUUAUUUCGAGUUAAAAAAACAUGAGAAUGAGGAGGCGCUAAAUUUUUUAGAACAACGUCUAGAUGUUAUAGAUAAAUUAGCAGGAGCUGAAAAAAUUACCGACUUAAUUUUAGGAGUUUUGGCUGGUAAUAUUUUUGACUGGGGAGCCCAAGAAGUUGCUGAUAUUAUGGAGUCAACAACAUUUCGGUUUGAAGAUGCUCAGAAUAAAAUUCCAGGCAGGCCAUGGCUACAAGACAAUUUGGACGAUUGGAUAACGAGACUCGAACAAGAUCCGCCGCAUAAAUGUGCGGCGAUAUUCGUUGACAACAGCGGAGUUGAUAUAGUUCUUGGAAUACUUCCCUUCGUGAGAGAUUUACUCCAACGUGGUACCAAAGUUAUUUUGUGCGCGAAUUCAAUGCCGGCUCUGAAUGACGUCACUUAUCCCGAGCUACUGAUCAUUUUACGCGACGCAGCUAAAAUUAGUAAGGACAUAAAGUACGCGUUGAAGGAAAAUCGGCUGAUGGCAAUGGAGACAGCGCAAGCUGGACCUUGUCUGGACCUCAGCCGGUUAAAUUUGGAUUUAUGUAUGGCGAUGGUCAAACACAACGUCGACUUGGUUGUGAUCGAGGGAAUGGGCAGGACACUGCACACAAAUUUGUACGCGAAAAUGAAAUGCGAGUGUCUGAAAUUGGCUGUCAUAAAAAAUCGUUGGCUCGCGUUGAGACUGGGUGGCGACAUGUACGCAGUUAUUUGUAAAUAUGAACGGCCAUCGAGCUCCCAUUCAUUGAGACUGAUAAAUAACGACGGCAAUCAAGAGACCAGCGAUAAAAAGACACUUUGUGUUAAUGAAAAUACGUAAUUUUAAAUAAUUAAUUAAUAACUUUUUUAUUUCAUUUGGAAGAUUUAUAAAUUAACAAAUCACUAUUGCCUUAAAUAUUUCAGUUUAACUGAAUUAUUAUUUUUAAAAAAAUAUAAAUACAAAUUCAAGUAUAGAUAUUAAUAUAAAAAUGUAAAUGACUAGAUUGUAAAAAGACAAUAAGUCGAAAAUUAGUUAUAAAAAUCCACGAUGGAUUGUUUCUGUGAUAAUAAUAAUAAUCUAGGUAAUUUUAAUUAAUUAUUCAUUAACAUUUCAAAUAUUUUAUCUUGUCUUACUUUUUUUUUUGUUUAUAUUGAUAUGUAUGUCGUAAUAUGUAGCGAUUAAAAUUAUUGACUAGAUAUUAUUUAAAAACAAUUCUAAAUUAUUUUUUCCACUAGGUCAACUUUUAUAAUUGUAUAUUUUAUUUAUAAUAAUUAUGGAGCUUCGUAUUUUCAUUUAAUUUUACCAGAAAUUUUUUUUUAAUUCUUGAAUCCGCGGGUAAAAAAUAAUUUCUACCCAAGUCUCUGUCUCGGGAAAAAUAAAUAUAAAUUUAAAUAUUGAAGUCUAUGGGAUCAAAAUCCCAAUUAUUGACACGAUAUUUAACUUUUAUUAUGUACUCCUUAAUCUUAAGGGAGGAAACGGGUCUGAGAUACAAAAAAAAGAGCAGAUUUUUGUGAUUUUUUUUUCAGAGUACCUUCGUUAUUAAAAUUGUCAAAAUUUGUGACACUAUUAGGCAUCAUUUCAAGAAUAUUCUGCUAAAUUUUCAUAAAAAAAUAUCGAAAAAUAAGCCAGUGGUAGUGGGGAGAGACGAGUCACCCCGAGAAAAAAAAAUCUGGCUCCUGUGGGCCAGCUCUGAAACUUCCCGCUGUUUGAGCUCGAAAAUGUUUUAAAUACAUUUUCGAGCUCGAAAAAUUAAUAACGAAGGAACUCUAAAAAAAAAAAAAAAAUCUGCUCUUUUUUUUGUAUCUCAGACCCGUUUCCCCCUUAAAUAAAAUUUUAUUGGUAAUAAAAUUGAAAUUGCGAAACCACAUAAUUAAUAACUUUAUUUUUAAUUAAUACUGACUAAAGCGACUCUACUGGCUACUAUCGUUGUUUAACAUCAAUUAGCUGGCCACUAAAAAUAAACACUGAACUUUGUCCGCAAAAUGUAU